AUGUCGCUGACGACUGCCGUGUCGGACGAAGAGGAACCUGGGGAGAGCGCGAUGAAUUCGCCGUAUAAGGGCAAGCAGACCGGAGCUGCGGCUGCCUCCUUCAACUGCACCGGGGCCGUCAGGAAGGCCGGAUUUCUCAGCGUAAAGAAAUGGCUACUACGCAAGAAGCAUCAGAUCGAACUGGCUCGCAAGCGCGGCUGGAAGGGGUACUGGGUGUGCUUGAAGGGCACAACCCUGCUGUUUUAUCCGUGCGAUUCGCGCGAGGGGCGCUCAGUAGAAGCUGCCCCCAAGCAUCUCAUCAUAGUCGACGGUGCCAUAAUGCAACCCAUACCGGAACACCCCAAGCGAGACUACAUAUUUUGCCUGAGCACCGCAUUCGGCGACGCAUACCUGUUCCAAGCACCGUGCCAAGUCGAGCUCGAAAACUGGGUGAAUAGCAUACAUAGUGCAUGCGCUGCGGCGUUUGCCCGACAUCGCGGCAAAACCGGAACGCUCCAUUUGCUGCAGGAGGAAAUAUAUCGUCUCGAGAAAGCCAUAGAAUCGGAUCACAAAUUGAAGCACAUGGCGGACCUGCAGCAAUCUGUCGUAUCGGACCCCGAGACCAGGGCUCAGCUGGCGGUUCAGAUGCUGCAGUGGGAGGAAAACCUGGAACGCCUCCAUUGCGAACAGUUCCGCUUACGUUGCUACAUGGCGAGCCUACAAAGCGGCGAACUACCGAACCCUAAGUCACUGCUGACGCACGUGUCACGCGGCACAAAGAGCACUCUGAACAAAUUGGGCGUGUUCACGGUGUCGUCCUUCCACGCGUUCAUUUGCGCCCGCUCUCCCUCGUUGCUGAACAAUUUGCUGGCCGGCCGCGGCGCCACCAAGCGGCGUGCCCCCAACCUGUCACGCUCCAACUCGGGCUCGAGUCGACGCUCUAUGCAGAUGUCUCGCGAAGAGAGCGAAGCGGCGGUUCGGGUGUCACUCCCUGAAGGCACCACCGCCACCGUGGGCGUUCGUGAGGGCAUGUCUGUGGAGGAGUUCCUCGUGGCGGCCUGCGCAAGGCGCUCUCUCAACGCUUUGGAGCACUUCGUGCGAGUGAAGAAACGCCGCGACAUGGAGGACCAUAAUUACUUCGUGCCCCAUCGGAGCGAUCUGAUCGAAACUUACCUGCACACCCAUGAGGUAGUUGAAGUUUGUGCCAAAAUAUUAUAUCAAGUGGAGCUGCAAAGGAACACUCUCGAGCAAAUGUGGGGAUUCAGUGUCGAAGCCGAGCUCAUAGAAAACGCAGAAAGACAGGAUGAGCUCUGCUGCUACGUCAGUCGCGUUGAAGACAAAAGCGUCGCCAUGCAGAACGGGAUAAUCAAAGGCGACGAGAUAAUGGUGAUCAACGGAGCGAUCGUGUCUGACCUAGAUAUGAUGUACUUGGAGAGCGUCUUGCAGGAAGAGCUCUCGCUUGUCAUGAUGAUGAGAUCUUCGCGGAAAGAACCUCCGGAGCUGAACGGCGUGAUGCGGGCCGCCACUGAUGAUAUAAUCGAUUCUCUAGUGUGCCCACCGCCACCUAGUGAGCCGCCCGUCAUCUCUGAUGACAUGAUAUCAGGCCUCAUAGUGCCUGCGCCAGCCUGGAGUAAAGAAUUGUACAGCCCCGAUGCAGAUGCGCAUGGGGGCGAUGCCGCCAGUACCGGACCUCCUAAAGUCAGUUCCAGAACUAACUCAUUUGAAAUCGAGAAUCUCCUCAAGAGUGCAGAACAAGUGACGGGCUGGUGCCGUUCGCCUGCUGACACCCGACGCGGCAGUCCAACCGGCAGCCUCGCCAGUGCUGCCGCUGGCACCCCCUCCCGCCACCUCUCUGAUGCGGACAAGCUGAGGAAGGUGCUCUCGGAACUGGUGGACACUGAGCGCGCCUACGUGAAGCACCUUAACAAUUUAUUAGAGAAUUAUUUGGAACCACUGAAGAAGGAAACUUUUUUAUCGAACGCCGAGAUAAAUGCUCUGUUCGGAAACAUUCAAGAGAUUGUAACUUUCCAAAGGCAAUUCUUGCAAAAUCUCGAAGACGCCCUGGAGGCUGAGCCGAAUUUCCAUCAUUUCGAAUUUUCGAAUCAGUUCAAGAAUAUACUUUUUGCCGUCGGAAACGCAUUUCUUUAUUACGUCAAUCACUUUAAACUAUACAGUUCGUUCUGCGCUAGUCACAGCAAAGCGCAAAAAGUUUUGCAUCCAAAUGAAGGCAAUCAGGCCCUGCAGGAGUUCCUCGCUGCUCGAAACCCAAAACAGCAGCACUCCUCAACGUUGGAGUCGUACCUGAUCAAACCAAUUCAGAGGAUCCUUAAGUACCCGCUGCUGCUACAGCAAUUGAGAAAUUUGACUGAUGUUAAUUCCGAAGAGCACCUCCAUUUAGUUGAGGCAUUGAAAGGAAUGGAGAAAGUUGCCGAGCAUAUUAAUGAAAUGCAACGAAUUCAUGAAGAAUAUGGUGCUAUAUUUGAUCACUUAUUUAGACAACACCAAAAAUCUUGCAAACAGCCCAUUGAUCUUAGCCCUGGUGACCUGCUAUACUAUGGAGGCGUAGAGUGGUUAAAUAUUUCGGACUUUUUAGGGAAAAUUAAGAAAGGAUUGGAAUUGCACGCUAUGUGUUUCGUAUUUAAAUCUGCCGUGGUGUUCCUUUGCAAGGAAAGGCUGAGGCAGAAGAAGAAGUUGAUGGGAGUUUCAUCGAAAAACAACUCAAAUGAGGUGGAGAUAAUAAGAUAUCAAGUUCUCAUUCCGGUGACCGAAGUCCAAGUGCGUGCUUCUUCCGCCAAGGACAUGGACAGCCAUUUCCUUUGGGAAUUGAUACACCUGCGUAGCCAACUGCAGCGUCGUUCUGAAAAAGUCUAUGUGCUCUCUAACAGCACCGCGGACUUCCGCAACGCUUUCUUGAAGACAAUCAGGCAAAUCAUACGCGAGUCGGUGCGUAAUAUGUCGCUGCCGAGCUCGCGGCCUGCGCCGACACCGCCACGAGCACCGCACACUCUUGAACGCGACCGCGAACGUUCCAAGCAUCAGGUCCACGUUAUGCAAGGGUCGCAGACACUAGGAAAAACAAAAAAACCGAAGACGACUGGACAGCGUUUAUCUGCUGGCAACAUUGAGGUUGGUGACCUGUCACGAGAAAAUUCUCAAGACGCUGAUGAACCACCACAAGAUGUAUCUUCAGAUGAACCUACUUUCAGGACACGAAGCAAGACAAUCAAUGAUUCUUCCGAUAGCAGCAGCAAAAGGACACUCCCGCCUCCUCCACCACCGACCGACACGGAUAAAUCCGACCUCGGAUCUAAAUCUGAAGGUGAAGAGGAACCACCGCAGCCACCUGCCAAGAGAGGGUUAGGCAGAACUCCUAACCACCUCACACUAAGCACCACCUCAACUUUAAGCGCCGGUAGUACUGGAAGUCAGGCAAGAUUAAUACAGUCAUCUCAUCAACCAACACAGUAUCAACCGACUAUGGUAAAGGAAUUAGGAUCGCCCGUGUGGAAACCACGCGACAUGAUGACGGAGGGGGGCGCGGGCGCUGGCUCCCCUGCGGGACCGUCCGCGCCCACCACUCUGCCGCGAUCCCAGCGCCCCGCACCGCGCGCCCAACACCUCUCGGCCAGCCGCAAGUCGCUCGCCCCGGACCACCGCCAC